CCGCCAUUUCAGAGAGCCUGCCGAAGCUGUCGCAGGGGUGGAUCCGGUGCUGCCGAAGCCGCCAUCCAUAACUCCCGCGUGGGCUCCUUUAAUCCCAUUGUUUCUUUUAGAUUCGUUUGGGCCUAUCCGCUCUUGGAGCCCGAAAUUCGGGCUGGGCGGUAUCGCGGCCUGGGCCUAGCGGCUUAACAGUUGCACCAGCGGCGGCAGCAGCAGCAGCAGCCCCCCUCUUUCCGAACCCAAGCACCGCAGGGGCCCGAAAGGCCACGCAGGCGUUUAGAGAAAAUGGCAGACGAUAUUGAUAUUGAAGCAAUGCUUGAGGCUCCUUACAAGAAGGAUGAGAACAAGUUGAGCAGUGCUAACGGCCAUGAAGAACGUAGCAAAAAGUAAGUUUUAAGAAGGGACCUGGGUUGGGGGGAACUUUAUGUGAUUGAAAUCUUAAGUUGUAUUCCUGUGGCUAAAGCAUCAAACCUAAGGUUUCCUCCUGAAGCUUUUCUUUGACUGUUUUAGAAAAGUGGAUCUCCUUUACUUUUUGGUUCAAGACACUAUUUGAGGAUGUGAAACAAUGGACUUUUUCCCUAGAUUUCAGGAUAUGGUUUCAGGGACCUUUUGGACACUUUGCCAUUAUAAGUCCAUCCAUGACAAUCCGGAUAAGAGUUGCUGUAUUUAGAGCUUGUCUUUUGUCUUAAAGUUAUUAAGUAUGGCUUAAUAUUUAUUUAGUGAUGUUAUCAAUAGAACUGUUGUAGCAACUGAAGAUCGAUGGGUUAGGAAGUGGAAGGUAGUAACCAGCCUGUGGAAAAGAAUCCUUUGCUCUAAAUUGCUGAAGGAGUCAGAGCCGUGAAUUAUUUAUGGCCCUUGAUGCUUUUAAAGGCUCUUUUUGUAGUAAUGUUACAGCAUAUUUAAGUACUUCUUAAUGUUCCUCUUAAUGUGGCUUUCUAGUCUUAAGCUUUUUCAACUGAUAGACUUAAUGAGAAUGGAGUUUUAAAAGACUGUAUAUUUAUGCAUGUUACUUGGGUUAAAUGAAUAACCCUUAAUAGGAAUCCACUUGCUGCAGACUAGAACAGAAUACAAUAUACAAAAACUCUAAAUAAACAGUGUAAAACCAGAUCCACUUUAUGAGAUCAGAUCCUAUUCUUGGAGUUUUCCUUGAGCUCUAAAAUUAGUGAUUCAGUGGUUAGUGUUUUAUAAACAUUAAGCUGUUUUAUUAGCCUUGGUGAUGUCAUAGUCAAACAUUUGGUUAUGCUCAUGACUUCAUAAUUUACUGAAAAAUGGUAAAAUUAAGCCACUUAUUUGAUUCUUUUUGGCUCUUCCAAGAGCUUAAAUUGCUUCACAAUGUACUACUUCAAUAUGCUCACAGUGGCUUUGUUACAUAAGUUAAUAUAAUUUCGUAAAAUAGAUGAAAUUGUCAGACUGGAUUGUUCAUGCUUUACUACACCAAUAUCCUUAUAAUAACCUAACCUUGUAGAAUAAUGUGGUAGUAAUUGGAUCAAAGUGAUUCAAUUUGUAGAAAAUGUCCUGUAUUUUUUCUGCUUAGAUGAGAGACUUAGAGUUCUUCGCCAGUAACCCUUAAGUAUUGGCAUGGGUUUAGUCUUGAAUUGUAGAGAUUUGAGGUAAUUAACCAAUCAUUGCAUAGUUUAGUUUAAUAUUCUCUGGUUUUAGACCUUUUACCCAAGGAAGUUUCCUAAUUAAUAGUUCUGAUUUGCAAUUCUAGGAAUUUAGAAAAUUUAGGAAGGGAUAUUCAAGGUUAAUUCAGUAUCUAGAUAUCAGACCUAGUGGGUGAAUGAAGAUCUCACCCUAAGUGCCAAAGGAAUGAGACAUGCACUAUAGGGCACAUGCCUUUGUCCUACCAUUCUUAGAUGUCAUUCCUUGCUACUAACUCCAUCUCCGUUUUAUGCUUGUUUUUAUCCUGCAGCCAUGCUCAUUAAGACUACCAAUGUUUAUAAGGAAAUUUAGCAUCGAGCUCUCGAUGACUGGUGCUUAGUGGUCUUUAUAUAUCUAAUGUAUAGAGUCUUAUGGGACUAAAUAGAAGAAUGGACAGUUUUCUUUAAUUGGCCAUAGGAUUCUUAAAGGAACCUUUUCUGAACUUCGGCUAUCAUCUAGUUUCUUUUUAAACGUACAGAUUAUUUCUGUCAGACUUCUCAUCCUCAGUUAAAGGUUAUUUAAAAAAUGACUCACUUGUUCACAGUCAAGAACUGAUCACCCAUUUUUUUCUAAAGGGAAUUAAUGUGAAAUUAAUUUGAAAGUUAUCUAGAAGAAAAUUUUUAUUUUUAGGGAUAGAUAAAUUAUAACACAAGCAAAAUAUUCUAUGCUUUAGUUUUUAUUAUAAAUUAAGUCUCUUAACCAAAGGAAGAUGCCAUGUUGCAUUUUUCAUCCUAAAACUUUUUUUUUUCCUUAAAGUAUUGAGUAUUGGGAUAUAGUUUAAGGUAGUAAGAAAAUGCACAUUCUGAGAAAUUGAGAGUUGAGCAAAUACUACUUUUCAAAACCAGUAAUUCUCAGUACAUACAUUCAGUUAUGUACAGGUAAUAGUAAAAGGAACUAAGUUUAAUAAAACAUAAUUGGUUAUCUGUUAGCCUUCUUCUGAAGAGCUAUACCCCUGAGGUUGGCAAGACUGUAAAGUAUACCUUUUUAAGCACCUGAGCUUGCCUUCGUGGGUGUAUUAUUUGUUAGUGUACCCAGUCUUGCAAAAUUUAAGCCAGCAUACAUUCAGUUAAGCUAUUUAGGAAUUACUCAAAAAAGUAAUUACUCAAAAAAAAAAUAACAUGACACAGUUGAAAUAUAUUGGCUACUGUGGUAUGGAUUAUAAAUUUUGGAAUAAAUGACUUUUCUAUUUUUUUUUCUUAUUUUCCAGAGUACUUUGCAUUUAAAAUUUAGAUCUUCUUACAUGGAAGAGGUCAAAUCCAGUUAUAGCAAAACACCUUUACAGCAGAGGCCAUAUAACCAAAAAGUCCAAAGGCCCAGCCCAGUGGACCAUUUACUUCAAUGAUGUUCAGUACAAAAUUCCACUGCCACUAAAGACUUUGGAAAGUCCCUUUUAAGUUGUAACAGGAUUUGACUAUUAGUGUGGAUUUUGAUAACCCUUCUUUAGUUAACUUAAUGUUCUUUGAAGCUUCAUUUUUGUUACAGAGAAGUAUAUACUGCUUUCUUGCACCCUUAAAUUUUUGUCUGGGCUUUUAUAAAGAAGACUGUAUUUCUGAGUGUCUUAGUAUGUUGCUGUCUGUUUACCUGUCUGGGGUUGCCUUCAGAUGUGGGUGGGGGCUCAUUUAUAAAAAGUCCUAGGAAGACCUUAAGUUAAAAUUAGUUCAAUUUUUGAAUCCUUUCCUUUGGCAGAAUGAAUAUUGGGCCUAAAAAGAGGUAAAUUGGGAGGUUGGCUGCCUCUCUGCAGUGGGCCAUUUGUGAGCAGAGCAAAACUUUAUUUUGUCUGUUCUUUUUGUGGGGGAUGGAGUUGCUUUUACUUUGUCCCCAGUUGAUAAUAUUUAGGACUUUUCGAUGAUAGCUAACAGUAUUCUUUAGUGUAUGAGAUAGUGUUAGGUUUUUUAGGCAACAAAGUUGGAAUGUUGUCUGUUGCCCUUCUGGGCAUUGCUUUGAUAACUUCUAUAUAAGUAACGAGUGUAGCCUAAUUUUCUGUCAUGUGCUACCUAGCAUAUACAUUUCUGACAGUCAGGUGGAUUAUCUUGAAAUUUUAGACAAAGUUUCUGCCUCCUUGGAAAGCUCUACAUCUCCUUGUGAUUGGAGUGUGGGUUUCAAGAUUCCAGAAGGAGGAAAAAAAGCAAGAGCAGAAGUCGUAGUCAUGAGCGAAAAAGAAGCAAAAGUAAGGAACGGAAACGAAGUAGAGAUAGAGAAAGGAAAAAGAGCAAAAGCCGUGAAAGGAAGCGAAGUAGAAGCAAAGAAAGGAGACGGAGCCGAUCAAGAAGUCGAGAUAGAAGAUUCAGAGGCCGCUACAGGAGUCCUUACAGACGACGCUCCCGAAGCAAAAGUCCAUUCAGAAAAGACAAGAGCCCUGUCAGGGAACCUAUUGAUAAUCUAACUCCUGAGGAAAGAGAUGCAAGGACUGUUUUCUGCAUGCAGCUGGCAGCAAGAAUUCGGCCAAGGGAUUUGGAAGAAUUUUUCUCCACAGUAGGAAAGGUUCGAGAUGUGAGGAUGAUUUCUGAUAGAAAUUCAAGACGUUCCAAAGGAAUUGCUUAUGUGGAGUUUGUUGAUGUUAGCUCAGUGCCUCUAGCAAUAGGAUUAACUGGCCAGCGGGUUUUAGGAGUGCCAAUCAUUGUACAGGCAUCACAGGCAGAAAAAAACAGAGCUGCAGCAAUGGCAAACAAUCUACAAAAGGGAAGUGCUGGACCUAUGAGGCUUUAUGUUGGCUCAUUACACUUUAACAUAACUGAAGAUAUGCUUCGGGGAAUCUUUGAGCCUUUUGGAAGGAUUGAAAGUAUCCAGCUCAUGAUGGAUAGUGAAACUGGUCGAUCCAAAGGAUACGGAUUUAUUACAUUUUCUGAUUCAGAAUGUGCCAAGAAAGCUUUGGAACAACUUAAUGGAUUUGAGCUCGCAGGAAGGCCAAUGAAAGUUGGUCAUGUUACUGAACGUACUGAUGCUUCCAGUGCUAGCUCAUUUUUGGACAGUGACGAACUGGAAAGGACUGGAAUUGACUUGGGAACAACUGGUCGUCUCCAAUUAAUGGCAAGACUGGCAGAAGGUACAGGUUUGCAGAUCCCACCAGCAGCACAGCAGGCUUUGCAAAUGAGUGGUUCUUUGGCAUUUGGUGCUGUGGCAGAAUUCUCUUUUGUUAUAGAUUUGCAAACAAGACUUUCCCAACAGACUGAAGCUUCAGCAUUAGCUGCAGCUGCCUCUGUUCAACCUCUUGCAACACAGUGUUUCCAACUCUCUAACAUGUUUAACCCUCAAACAGAAGAAGAAGUUGGAUGGGAUACAGAGAUCAAAGAUGAUGUGAUUGAAGAAUGUAAUAAGCAUGGAGGAGUUAUUCAUAUUUAUGUCGAUAAAAAUUCAGCUCAGGGCAAUGUGUAUGUGAAGUGCCCAUCAAUUGCUGCAGCCAUUGCUGCUGUCAAUGCACUGCAUGGCAGGUGGUUUGCUGGUAAAAUGAUUACAGCAGCAUAUGUACCUCUUCCAACUUAUCACAACCUCUUUCCUGAUUCUAUGACAGCAACACAACUACUGGUUCCAAGUAGACGAUGAAGGAAAAUAUAGUCCCUUAUGUACAUAGCUUUUUUUCUUUCUUGAGAAUUCAUCCUGAGUUAUCUUUUAUUUAGAUAAAAAUAAAGAGGCAAGGGUCUACUGUCAUUUGUAUACAAUUCCUGUUACCUGAAAAAAUAAAAAUGUUAACAGGAAUGCAGUGUGCUCAUUCUCCCUAAAUAGCAAAUCCCACUGUAUACAAAGCUGUUCUCUUGUUCUGCCUUUUAAUUGUACAUGUAGAAAAUUACAUUAAGGAUAUAUAGGAAUAGUUCUAGGGGACAAAUGUGCUUAACAUAAAAAGGCAGACAGGGAUGCAAUGAUGUUUUUAAUGUUUCAGAAGCCUAACUUUUUACACAGCAGUUACAUUUCACUAAUGUUGAUAUUUGGUUAAUGGUUUAACAGGUUUCUGGAAUACAGUUUGUGGAAUUUUAAGGCAGCUAAAAGGGCUGUUUGAUUAACAUCUCAUCCUGCAUUCUGACCAAUUGGCAAGGAAAGGAAUUUCAAAUUACAUUUCUGGAUGGUAUCUUUUUCAAUUAAUGUAUCUGUAAAAGUUUCUUUGUAAAUAUUAUGUGUUGUAGUGUGUCUAAGAUUCCAAACAAAAUGAUCCCUGCAUUUCCUCAAGAUGUUUAGUGACAGUCUGGUAAGCAAAGCAGUCUGAGCAAGAGAUAGGAAAUGCAGAAAUAGGUUUUGUCUGGUUGCAUAUAAUCUUUGCUCUUUUUAAGCUCUGUGAGCUCUGAAAUAUAUUUUUGGGUUACUUCAGUGUGUUUGACAAGACAGCUUGAUAUUUCUAUCAAACAAAUGACUUUCAUAUUGCAACAAUCUUUGUAAGAACCACUCAAAUAAAAUUCUCGUAAAAAGGCCACAAGAAAUCUUCAUUUUUGAAAUGUUUUAAAGUCAUAGAAACUUGAAGGUAGAAUAUUAGUUUCUUUGACUUUUUAGAGUUUCUUUUUCCUCUUUGGGAAAAUUCUUAGUGAAACUGUUGACCUUAAGUUGCCCCUGUACAUUCCUUAGUCCACCUUAGUUCUACUAUACUUCGUAUUUGGGGUAUUGUAUGAAAGAAAGCUGAAGAAUUUUUCAGAAAGAAAACCAUACAGAUUUGCCCAGGCCUCUCCCCUUUGUUGUCUUGAGCAUCUUUAUGGGGGAAAAAUUGCUUUGCUAUUUAAAGAAUUGAAUGGAAGCUUGUAAGUUAAAACUGGUUUCCCAAAUUGAAUUGCAUUUGUCAAGCUUUUACUUUACAUGGGCAGCAAGCUUUCCAAACACUUUGUGUUCUGAACUCUGCUUCGAGUUUGUAUGUGUAGGUUGAACCUUUUUGAGUAGGCUAGGUUGCUCCUAAUUGCUCCUUCCCAUUACCGAUUUCCUCACCUGCCUAUUUGUUUUUACUGUACUGUUAGGGUUGAAGCACAAGUAUUACAGGUUUAUAUCAAGAUACUUAGUUUGAAUUUGAAGGCAUUACAACUAUCUACCAACUUUGUUGUGGGACUUUUGUAAUUCCCUUAUUUGGUUCAGUUAUUUAACUUAAGUUUCAAGAGUCAAGUUAACUAUUUUUGAACACUAGGUAGCAGUAAGUGUUCAUGGUCACAGGGGGAUAUAUAUAUGUCAACUUUUUCUUUCCAAAGUCUCCAAGUAUCUAAAUAAUUAAAAAUUUUAUUCUUGAAUCAA